AUGAAGGUCAUCCAAUGGUCACAUCUAGCAGACAAAUGGCCUCAUUUGAAGCACAUUGAUUUUCCAGACACCGGUUUGAGACCUAUCGUGGAUUUGCUGAUUGGUAUUGACUACCUUGACAUGCACUAUUCUUACGAAGAAGUCAGGGGACAAGAAGGAGAGCCCAUUGCCAGACGAACGCCAUUGGGGUGGACAUGCGUAGGAUGUCCAGAAGGCAAGAAGAUCCCUGAUACCCAUUUCAGCAAGACGACUUUGUUUACUACAAGCAGAUCUGAUGUCGAUGAAAUCAACUCAACAAUGAAGAAGUUUUGGGAUAUCGACUCAGCUGGAACGUUCACCCAGACAACAGUGGUGAGUCCUGAUGAGAAGGCUGCAUUGGAAAAAGCUGAGAAUUCUUUCAGGUUCAUUGAUGGUCGAUAUGAAGUUGGAGUACCAUGGAAAGAAGAUAGUUAUAGAAUGGUGAACAAUCACAAAAUGGCAAUGAAAAGACUUCAGAACACCGAGAAACGUUUGCUCAAGAACCCAGAUGUGAUGAAGGCAUACGAUGAAGUCAUUGAUCAAUAUUUGGACAAAGGAUACAUACGAAAGGUUCCAGUCUCUGAGAAGCAACCUGACAGCAAGUGGUAUCUUCCUCAUUUUGCUAUAUUGAAACCCAACAAAGCGACCACCAAGAUCAGAAUCGUCUUUGAUGCUUCAGCAAAGUAUGAAGGGACAUCCUUGAAUGACAUGAUACAUUCAGGCCCGAAGCUGCAACGAGAAUUGUUUGAUGUUUUGCUACGCUUUAGAUGUCAUCCCGUCGCUGUUGUCUGUGACAUUGCUGAGAUGUAUUUGAGGAUUCAGAUUCCAGAAGCUGACCGUGUGUAUCAUCGAUUUCUUUGGAGAAGAUGUGACCAGGACAGAGAUCCAGAGGAGUAUGAAUUCAGCCGAGUGGUGUUUGGUAUAACAAGUUCACCGUUUCAAGCACAGUUUGUGAUUCAAAAGCAUGCUCAGUUGUACAGAUCAGAAUAUCCGAUGGCUUCAGAAACUGCACUCAAGUCAACCUACAUGGAUGACAGCAUUGAUUCAGUACAAGAUGACGAAAAGGGAAUCCAACUGUAUCAUCAGCUUGCAGCUCUAUGGAACAAGGCAGGCAUGCAUGCAAGAAAGUGGCUCUCUAAUUCUCCAGAAGUUCUCUCUGUAAUCCCAGUAGAAGACAGAGCAUCUGAAAUUGAUUUGGACAAUGGAGAGCUUCCAACUGUAAAGACCCUUGGAAUACUUUGGCGAGCAAAGGAGGAUAUUUUCAGUUUUCACUCAAGCCCACCUGAAGAAAAUCAAAUCAUCACAAAGAGAUCGUUUCUGAGAACCAUUGCAUCAUUGUUUGACCCUCUUGGUUUCUUGGCACCAUUCAUCGUUAGAGCAAAAGUGGUAAUGCAGGAAAUCUGGCGACAAGGCUUCGAUUGGGAUGAUGAGCUCGAUGGCGAAGUCAAGUCAAAGAUUCAGAGUUGGUACAGUGAACUUCACGAGUUGUCAAAUCUUUCAGUGCCAAGAUGUCUUCACACUGGCAAGCAUAAAGAUGUUCAAUCAAUGCAAUUACACGUUUUCAGUGAUGCAUCAGAAGAAGCUUAUGGAGCUGUUAUUUAUGCAAGGUAUGUCUACGUUGAUCAUGCAGCUACUACUAAUAUUGUCGCAGCAAAGUCACGUGUUGCACCACUGGCAGCUAUGAGCAUUCCAAGGAUGGAACUAAUGGGAGCAGUCACAGGACUUCGAUUGGCGGUAUCGGUAGCGAAUGCAAUGCAAGUGUCAGUGAAGCAAGUCAAAUUCUGGUGCGACAGCAUGAACACACUUUGGUGGAUCAGAGGACAUAGCAGAUGUUUCAAGCCAUUUGUUGCAAAUCGUGUUGGUGAGAUUCAAAACAUGACAAACCCUGAGCAAUGGAGAUAUGUUCCCACGAAGGAUAAUCCUGCUGAUCACUUGACAAGAGAGAUGGUAGCAUCUGCGUUGGCAAACAGUGAGCAAUGGUGGAAAGGACCAGAAUUCUUGGAAAUGGCUGAGGAUGAAUGGCCUAAUAAUCAAUUUGAGAUGUCAAUGGAAGCAGUAUCGGAGCAGAAGAAGUCUGGUCGUUCAAAGAUGAAGUCCGUAACAGAAAAUCAUGAAGAGAAACAAUCAUUGUUUGCUGAUGCAGUUAGCAAAAAGAAAUCUACGACUGGUGAACAAGUGGAACCAAGUAAACUGAUGAAAGCGGGUAAGGAGAAUUCUUGGUAUUUGGAUCCUUCUCAUUUUUCAAGCUGGCUUCGACUUACAAGACUUGUAGCAUGGGUUUGCCGUUUCUUGGACAACUGUCGAACAGCAAAAAAAGAAAGAAUUAAUGGAGAAUUGACAUAUGAAGAGAUCAAAGAUGCAGAAAUUCAUAUCAUUCGAGACGUGCAGCAAAAUGCAUUUGCAACCGAAUACCAGCAACUGUUGAAAGGAAAGCAAAUGAAGAGUGACAGCAAAUUGAUUGUGUUACAGCCACGAAUCGAUGAAGAUGGACUUCUACGGUGUAAUGGAAGAUUGAGGUAUGCUGACUUCCUGCCAUACGAUGCAAAAUAUCCUAUUAUUCUACCAAGGAAGAACUGGGUUACAAAGCUGAUCGUGAAAUUCUAUCAUGAAAAGGAUCAUCAUGCAGGUGGCACAAAUCAGACAUUGGCAGCUAUUUCGAGUCGUUUUUGGAUAAUUUCAGCAAGAGAAGAGAUAAGAGAAUGGGAAAACGAAUGCAACUGGUGCAAAAGACGAAAGGCGAGGGCAUGCAGUCAGAUCAUGGCACCCCUACCAAGCAUUAGAUUGGCAAUGUCAUUGCGAGCCUUUGAAAGAGUAGCUGUAGAUUAUGGAGGACCAUUCAUCACCAUGAAAGGGAGAGGUAAGCGAAGAGAAAAACGAUAUCUUUGUCUUUUCACAUGCCUAGCUACCAGAGCAGUACACUUGGAAAUGGCAUUUGCCCUGGAUACUGAUUCAUUCUUGAAUGCCUUUUAUCGAAUGGUGAGUCGUCGUGGGAAGCCUGAAGAAGUUGUUUCUGACAAUGGUGGCAAUUUCGUAGCAGCUGACAAGGAGCUACAGGAGCUCGUUAAAAGAUUGGACCAGAAUCGAAUCAUCCAGAGUGCUGCAAAUCGUGGUAUCAAAUGGCAUUUCAAUCCUCCUUUGUCACCACAUUUUGGAGGAGCUCAUGAAAUUAUGAUCAAGGCAGCAAAACGUGCGUUGAAAGGAAUCCUGACAGAUGCAAAUGUGUCCGAUGAAGAGUUGAUGACUGCCAUCACAGGAGCAGAAUCGUUGCUGAAUUCAAGACCGCUGACAUACCAGACAGCAAAUGUGGAUGAUGAUGUACCUUUGACCCCGAAUCACUUUCUCCAUGGCCAAAUGGGAGGCAGAUUUGCACCAGAAACGGUAGACCAGACAACGUUCAGUCCAAGGAAACGAUGGCGACGUGUUCAAGAACUGGUGAAGCACUUCUGGCAACGUUGGUUGAAAGAAUGGCUACCAGGACUAAAUCCAACGACAAAAUGGCACAAAGAGAAGAAAAAUUUGAAGGUAGGGGAUAUUGUUAUUGUUAUAUCGCCUGAUAGCCCCAGAGCUCAUUGGCCCCUUGCAAAAGUCACCCAAGUAUUUCCUGGAAAAGAUGGAAAAGUGAGAGUGGCACAAGUACAACUGGGAAAAAAGCUAUUGCAGAGACCAGUGACAAAAUUAUGCCUUUUGGAGCAUUGUUGA